AAACGAGCAAUCAAUUUAGUAAAGUGAUAAUUUAAGGGGAAUUCUUACUUCGGAACUUUCCGUUCUGACCCUGAGCCGGUCACUUCCUUUCAAUUAUUUUAAAUUCGACAUGGCUGGAGGAAAGAAGCUUACCAAAGAAGAGGAGCUUUUGCUCCAAGAUUUCAGUAGAAAUGUAACUACGAAAUCAUCUGCCUUGUUCUAUGGGAACGCCCUUAUCGUAUCAGCCAUUCCAUUAUGGUUGUUCUGGCGUAUCCACCAGAUGGACCCAUAUUCCUCCGCCAUCUACUUUGUCCUUGUGACACUGGUCAGCACAUAUCUCGUCUCAUUUGCCUAUAAAAAUGUAAAGUUUCUUCUCAAGCACAAAAUUGCACAGAGAAGAGAGGAAGCUGUUACAAGAGAAAUUAUGAAGAAAGUAGGAGAAGAUAAGAAAAUGUCCAAGAAGGAAAAGGACGAGAGAAUCUUGUGGAAGAAGAAUGAGGUUGCCGACUAUGAAGCGACAACAUUCAGCAUUUUCUACAACAAUGCCCUAUUUCUACUGUUCGUCAUCAUCUCAUCAUUCUACAUCAUGAGAACAUUCACACCUACCAUUAACUACAUUGUGUCAAUGGGGGCAGCAUCAGGCCUCAUUGCAUUAUUUUCUACCAGCAGUAAAUAAACAACAGACAAUUGAGCUAUGCAAGACAUCUACUGAAUAGCUGGGACAAUACUUAAUACAUUUUGGGACGUCAAGGAUAUUUGUACUUUAACAUUACAAUGUAUGAGUAUUGAUACAACCUUGUGGGCCUGUGAUAUAUUCCCUGAUUAGUGUUAUGGAUAUGGAGUAAAUACAAACGCUUGAAUGCAAGAUAUUACUGGUACAUUCUUUUUGUCCUUAGUACACUAGACAUUGUUUCCUAGAUAUGUGUAGAGUAAGUGAAGACAACAGAAUCGAGAUCUCUGCUAGCUAAUUCCUUUCCUUAUAAACUUGUCAAAAUAUUAUUAUUUAUUGAAAAGAAACAUGAAGAAGUGAAACAUGUAUUUUAAUUUGUUUAAUAAAUGUCAGCAAUACUAGCUCAAUGAAUGUAUGUUUCUGUAUAAUAUAUAAAAAAAUUAAACUAUAUAAA